AGGCUUAGCGUGGAACUCCCAAGGCUUGGAGAUGUGAUCCCCCAAAAGUUUAGUCGGCGAAUGAGAGCCUGGAGGGUGUCGGGAAGGGGGGCUGGAGCGCCUAGGGUGCUCUGAUGGGGCGUGCGGCGGCAGGAUUUUAAAGCGCUCUCCCUUGGAUUGCCUGCCCUGGGUGACCUCCUGGACCUGCCCUCGCGGAAUCCGGACUUGCCCCGCCGAGAUGACGAGGAAUAAUUCUGCUACAGGGCUGACUUCAAGGACGUGAAUUGUUGACCUCAUCCCACCUUCAGAACCUCAGCUGUUAUUCUAAUUUUUGCACCAUUCCAGGCAAGUUGACUUUGUAUGGAAAUAAAAUUGAACCUUAGGGGUCUGAUGGAAAUUCACUGUGACAUUCAAAUCAAGAAAACUUGCUGAAACCCACAGAGCCUUUUCCCCCAUGGGCCCUGAUGGUAGCCUCCAGAAGGUGCAGCCUCUGGUGGUCCCCCUUCUUCUGUGGCAAGAAUAAACUUUGGGUCUUGGGUUGCAACAUCACCUGUGGAGAAAAUGGUAUGCGAGGGAAAACGAUCAGCCUCUUGUCCUUGUUUCUUCCUCCUGACCGCCAAGUUCUACUGGAUCCUCACAAUGAUGCAAAGAACUCACAGCCAGGAGUAUGCCCAUUCCAUACGAGUGGAUGGGGACAUCAUUUUGGGGGGUCUCUUCCCUGUCCAUGCCAAGGGAGAGAGAGGGGUACCUUGUGGGGAGCUGAAGAAGGAAAAGGGGAUCCACAGACUGGAGGCCAUGCUUUAUGCAAUCGACCAGAUUAAUAAGGACCCUGACCUCCUCUCCAAUAUCACUCUGGGUGUCCGGAUCCUUGACACGUGCUCCAGGGACACCUAUGCUUUGGAGCAGUCAUUAACGUUCGUGCAGGCAUUGAUAGAGAAAGACGCUUCCGACGUGAAGUGUGCUAAUGGAGAUCCACCCAUUUUCACCAAGCCUGACAAGAUUUCUGGUGUCAUAGGUGCUGCAGCAAGCUCCGUGUCCAUCAUGGUUGCUAACAUUUUAAGACUUUUUAAGAUACCUCAAAUCAGCUAUGCAUCCACAGCCCCAGAGCUAAGUGAUAACACCAGGUAUGACUUCUUCUCUCGGGUAGUUCCACCUGACUCCUACCAAGCUCAAGCCAUGGUGGACAUUGUCACGGCGCUGGGGUGGAAUUAUGUGUCAACACUGGCUUCCGAGGGCAACUAUGGAGAGAGUGGUGUGGAGGCCUUCACUCAGAUCUCGAGGGAGAUUGGUGGUGUUUGCAUUGCUCAAUCACAGAAAAUCCCACGUGAACCAAGACCUGGAGAAUUUGAAAAAAUUAUCAAACGCCUGCUAGAAACACCUAAUGCACGGGCAGUGAUUAUGUUUGCCAAUGAAGAUGACAUCAGGAGGAUAUUGGAAGCAGCAAAGAAAUUAAACCAAAGUGGCCAUUUUCUCUGGAUUGGCUCAGAUAGUUGGGGAUCCAAAAUAGCACCUGUUUAUCAACAAGAGGAGAUUGCAGAAGGGGCUGUGACGAUUUUGCCCAAAAGAGCAUCAAUUGAUGGGUUUGAUCGCUAUUUUAGAAGCCGAACUCUUGCCAAUAAUCGAAGAAAUGUGUGGUUCGCAGAAUUUUGGGAGGAGAAUUUUGGAUGCAAGUUAGGAUCACAUGGAAAGAGGAACAGUCAUAUAAAGAAAUGCACAGGGCUGGAGAGAAUUGCCAGGGAUUCGUCUUAUGAACAGGAAGGAAAGGUCCAAUUUGUAAUUGAUGCCGUGUAUUCCAUGGCUUAUGCCCUGCACAAUAUGCACAAAGAUCUGUGCCCUGGAUACAUCGGCCUCUGCCCACGAAUGAGUGCUGUUGAUGGGAAAGAGCUACUUGGUUAUAUUCGGGCUGUAAAUUUUAAUGGUAGUGCUGGGACACCUGUCACUUUUAAUGAAAACGGAGAUGCCCCUGGACGUUAUGAUAUCUUUCAGUAUCAAAUAACCAACAAAAGUGCAGAAUACAAAAUCAUUGGGCACUGGACCAACCAGCUUCACCUAAAAGUGGAUGACAUGCAGUGGGCUAAUCGAGAACACACUCACCCGGCCUCUGUCUGCAGCCUGCCCUGUAAGCCCGGGGAGAGGAAGAAAACGGUGAAAGGCGUCCCCUGCUGCUGGCACUGUGAGCGAUGCGAGGGUUACAACUACCAAGUAGAUGAGCUCUCCUGCGAACUUUGCCCUCUGGAUCAGAGACCAAACAUCAACCGCACAGGCUGCCAGCUCAUCCCCAUAAUCAAACUAGAAUGGCACUCGCCCUGGGCUGUGGUGCCUGUGUUCAUUGCAAUAUUGGGAAUCAUCGCCACCACCUUCGUGAUCGUGACCUUCGUCCGCUAUAAUGACACACCUAUCGUAAGGGCUUCGGGGCGAGAACUUAGUUACGUGCUCCUCACAGGGAUUUUCCUCUGUUACUCAAUCACCUUUUUAAUGAUUGCCGCGCCGGACACAAUCAUAUGUUCCUUCCGCCGAAUCUUUCUAGGACUUGGCAUGUGUUUCAGCUAUGCGGCCCUUCUUACCAAAACAAACAGAAUCCACCGAAUAUUUGAGCAGGGGAAGAAAUCGGUCACAGCACCCAAGUUUAUUAGUCCAGCGUCCCAGCUGGUGAUCACUUUCAGCCUCAUUUCCGUCCAGCUCCUGGGGGUGUGUGUCUGGUUUGUUGUGGACCCCCCCCACAUCAUCAUUGACUAUGGAGAGCAGCGGACUCUAGACCCAGAGAACGCCAGAGGAGUGCUCAAGUGUGACAUUUCUGAUCUCUCGCUCAUUUGUUCGCUGGGGUACAGUAUCCUCUUGAUGGUCACUUGUACUGUUUAUGCCAUUAAAACGAGAGGUGUCCCAGAGACUUUCAACGAAGCCAAACCUAUUGGAUUUACCAUGUACACCACCUGCAUCAUUUGGUUAGCUUUCAUUCCCAUCUUUUUUGGUACAGCGCAGUCAGCAGAAAAGAUGUACAUCCAGACAACGACACUUACUGUCUCCAUGAGUUUAAGUGCUUCGGUGUCUCUGGGCAUGCUGUACAUGCCCAAGGUUUAUAUUAUAAUUUUUCAUCCAGAGCAGAACGUUCAAAAACGCAAGAGGAGCUUCAAGGCUGUGGUGACAGCUGCUACCAUGCAAAGCAAACUGAUCCAAAAAGGAAAUGACAGACCAAAUGGAGAGGUGAAAAGCGAACUCUGUGAGAGUCUUGAAACCAACACUUCCUCUACUAAGACAACAUAUAUCAGCUACAGCAAUCAUUCAAUCUGAAACAGGGAAAUGGUACAAUAUGAAGAAAUCUGGUACGUGAUCUUAAACAAUAAACAUGACACCGCCAAAACUCACUCCUGGAGAUCUCUGUAGACUACAAUCAAUCAAAUUAAUAGUCAAUCUUGUAAGGAAUACCAAGUAGCCAUGAGCCAAAAGUACCAAUAACAGAGUGAAAAAAAAAAAAAACCCAUUUUAUACAGUACAACCAAUGAGUGUCAAGCUAAAGUAUUGCUUACUCAUAAGCAGUUAAAAAAAAAAAUAACAAAAGGAAAACUAAUGUUAGCUUGUGAAAAAAAAAAUGCUGUUGAAAUAAACCAUGUCUGAUGUUAUUCUUGUAAGUAUUUUUCUGUGAUUGUGAGAACUCCCAUUCCUGUCCCGCCUUGUUCAACUUGUAUAAGACAAUGACUCUGUUUCUUGUAAUGGCUGACCGGACUGAAGCCCUGGGUUGUGCUAAAAAUAAAUGCAAUGGUUGACGCAUGCAAUUUUUUAUACAAAAUAAUUUAUUUCUAAUAAUAAAGGAAUGUUUUGCAAAUGUUGAGCG